AUGGGUGAGAAGCGCAAACUGGAGUCGGAUGCGCUCGCUAUCCCGAACAAAUCUCGGAAACACACGGCCCUGGACGAUGCUGAUCAGAUAUACGAAGAGCCUCAGUCAGAUCCCGAUUAUGUAUCUUCCGAUGAAGCGAGUGUGAACAGCGACAGUCUCCACGAGACUCCGGCGACACCGUUCUCUACAACCUCAGCUAAAUAUCCUUCGGAGCUGAAAACCCACCGCUGCCCCUUCGAUGGUUGCACAAAGGCAUUCAACCGGCCAGCGCGGCUUCAAGAACACCUGCGCUCCCAUAACAAUGAGAGAAUCUUCAAGUGCACAUUCGAAGAAUGUGACAAGACGUUCCUCCGCGCAUCUCAUCUGAAUCACCAUAUCAAAAGCGCACACACUGGGGUCCGAGACUACGUAUGUGACCGUCCUGGCUGUGGGAAGAGCUUCGUGACCGGCUCGCGGCUCCGUCGACACUUGGCUGCCCACGAUGGACGAGAUAAGUACCGCUGCACGGAGUACCCGCCUUGCAAUGAGACGUUUCGGAAGCAUUCCACCCUUCAAAAACACAUCAUGACCGCACAUCUGAAGCAAAAACCUUUCCAAUGCCCGCACGUAGACCCGAGCACCGGGCAGAAAUGUUCAAUGGCAUUUGACACGGCAGGGCACCUUCGAGCCCACGAAAGCCGCAUUCACACCGAGAAACGUUUUAGCUGCACGGAAUGCUCCCAGCACGCAGAGGACGCCUCAGCAAUCUUUCCCACCUACGCCCUCCUACAAGCUCAUAUCCGAUCCGUCCACCCCCCUCAAUGUCCCAACUGCGCUCUCACCUGCGCGACAUCCCGCGAACUCCGCCGUCAUCUGGAAGUCGCGCACGGCGACGUCAGUCUCGAGGAACGCAAGACAUUCGCUUGCACCGUCCCCGGCUGCGACCGCAGCUUCACCAAGAAGGGAAAUCUAACCGUGCACAUCCGCACCGUCCACCAAGGCGAGAAACGCUUCGUCUGCGGCGAGACCGACCUCUCGUCCUCGAAAAAGGUGCCCGGCUGGAACAACGACGGCUGCGGCAAGCGAUACGGGAGCAAGCUCGCGCUGGAAGAACACAUCCGCACCGCACACCUGGGCUACCAGAACGCCAAAGCCGAACGCCGCCAACGUCUCGGCCUCACCCGCGAACGACAGCAUUCCACCGCAACCUCACCUGGUGUGUCCGCGCUGGCCGCGCUCACGGGUGAGGGCUACGCCGAGGAAACGGGCCGCCACAUCUCGUGUCUUGUUGAGUCGUGCCCGCAUCGAUUCCACAGAGACUAUGACCUCUGGGUCCAUAUGAGCGGCAAGCAUAAUUUCUCCGAAGAGGAAACCCGGGAUCUAUUUCUGCGGCGGGCGCUGCUCGCGCAUGAGUUCGGCGCGUCUGCUUCUGCGUCCUCGUCCUCUGAGGAACUGUUUGGGGGCAUCUACGGCCUCGAAUUCGAUAACGAUCCUUCGUCGUAUGACCCGUAUGCGUUGAACGGGACGGAGACUAUAGCGGCUUCUGGCGCGGUCGAGGCGAAGCCGUUGCCUACGCACGGCGCCAAUGUAAUGAUGCAUGACAGCAAUUCUACGAUACCCACUACUGGCGAUGAUAUGGCGCUGAUUGAUCCUGUACUGGCUUACGAUAUGAUGGAGUCGUAG